AUGGGUUCAGUGUUUUUAGUGUGGUAUGACAUGUACGGGGUUCUAUUUGGAGUGGAGCAGAAGCCGGAGCAGAAGGAGGCUCCAGAUCCAUGUGGCUCAGCUCAGAUCCAAACUCAGCAGCUCUCAGCUGUUGCUCCUGACGACGAUCCCGAGGUUUUCAGCCAACAAGUCGCCUCUAACUGUGUGAUCAAGCGGGAGCAGGAGAAAUGCAUGGAGAUGAUCGCCUCAGACGAUCCUGGGAACAACCCAGAGUACGGGUGUCCGUGGAUGUGGGAUAACCUGACGUGUUGGCAGCCUGCAAAGUUUGGCGAGGUGGUGGAAGUGAACUGUCCUGAACUCUUCUCUCAGUUCAUGAGUGAAGAAGACUACGAGCUGGGGAAGGUGAGCCGUAACUGCACCGAGUUUGGCUGGUCGGAAACCUUCCCUCAUUACAUCGACGCCUGCCUGUAUGAGGAGGGAAACAGCAGCCACACGGACAUGUACUAUGUGUCGGUGAAGGCUCUGUACACUGUGGGCUACAGCACCUCUUUGGUCUCCCUCACUAUGGCCAUGGUCAUCCUCUGCAGGUUCAGGAAGCUGCACUGUACCAGGAACUUCAUCCACAUGAACCUAUUUGUGUCCUUCAUCCUGAGAGCUAUUUCUGUCUUCAUCAAAGACGGCGUGCUGUACGCCAAAGAGGACAGUGAGCACUGCUUCAUACACACUCUGGAGUGUCGAGCUGUGAUGAUAUUCUUCCAUUACUGCGUCCUCUCCAACUACUUCUGGCUGUUCAUCGAGGGUCUGUACCUCUUCACUUUACUGGUGGAGACGUUCUUCCCCGAGAAGAGAUACUUCUACUGGUACAUCAUCAUCGGCUGGGGAGCUCCCACUCUGUGUGUGACCAUCUGGGCCGUGCUGAGGCUCCACUUCGAUGAUAUAGGGUGUUGGGACAUGAAUGACAACGCUGCCAUCUGGUGGGUGAUCAAGGGACCGGUGCUGGCUUCAAUCAUGGUGAACUUUGUGCUCUUUAUCGGCAUCAUCAUCAUCCUCGUGCAGAAGUUACAGUCUCCAGAUAUUGGUGGAAAUGAAUCCAGUAUUUACCUGAGGUUGGCCCGCUCCACUCUGCUCCUCAUUCCUCUGUUUGGGAUCCAUUACACCGUGUUCGCCUUCUCCCCGGAGAACGUCAGCAAGAGAGAGCGCCUGGUGUUUGAGCUCGGCCUCGGAUCCUUUCAGGGUUUUGUGGUGGCCGUCCUUUACUGCUUCCUGAAUGGAGAGGUGCAAUCGGAGAUCAAGAGGAAAUGGCGCAGCUGGACGGUGAACAGAUACUUUGCUGUGGACCUGAAGCACCGGCAUCCUUCUCUGGCGAGCAGUGGGGUGAACGGGGGGACGCAGCUGUCCAUCCUCAGCAAGAGCAGCUCGCAGAUCCGCAUGUCCAGCCUGCAAGCCGAGACCCCGGCCACCUGAGCGGCACCGCCGGGGACGCCGCGUCCGGGAACGACAUCACCUCCGGACCUGACGCUGCCAAACCUGCCAUGCCCACCCUCGUCCCCAUGACCAGCCUCAACAACCCGCUCCUCGACCCAUACCCCAACCCGU